AUGCAAACUCUUGCCGCCGCCGCUAUCCUCGGCCAUGACGGCACCGUCUGGGCUCAGAGCACCACCUUCCCUCAGCUCAAGCCUGAGGAAAUCACUGCUAUCAUGAAUGACUUUGAAAAUCCUGGUUCACUUGCUCCUACUGGCUUGUAUCUUGGUGGUACUAAAUACAUGGUAAUUCAAGGUGAGCCAGGGGUUGUCAUCCGAGGGAAAAAGGUAUUGUUUUUGUCUCUGCUUUUGCUUCAACUUAUAGCUUGUGAAUAUGUUAAUUGUUUUUGCUCGAGUUUAUAACUGUGGAUAAUUGACCGGAUGAGUUUUGUCCAAAUUGGAUUUUGAGACUGGUUGCUGAGGAUUGAGAAUAA